AGAUAACCCGGGAAUCUCUCCUUGUCUACUAUAGCCAUGCCAAAACGAGCAUCUUCUCCUCAAAUCUCACAUUUCAAUGCACCUUUUCUUUCAACCCUCAACUCUGCAUCAAAGAACAAUAUCAAGGAUGACCCAAACUAUUACGCUCUCGACUCAAAAUCCCUCGUUAGUACAUCAACAAUUCACAAGUUUGAAACCGGUACGGGGUCUUCCAUCUACCUCUCAUUGGCACCUCUCCUUGAAUCCACAUCUGAAGAGCUCAUUCUGGUAACUUUGUGGAUAAAGAAGCUUGGCCUACCAGAUCCUUCGGAUCUUCCAGGACUCGACGUUAAUGUGAAGUCUAUCUUCUUGUUACCGUUUAGCGUCAUGCAUCCGAAAUUCAUUAUAGUUGACCGCCGCACCGUUGUUCUUCCGUCCUGUAAUAUCAGCUGGGAAGAGUGGUUUGAAGGGUGCAUUACUUUCUCUGGACCUUCAGUAGGGCAGUUUGUGAGAUUCUACUCCCAAUUCUGGGAACGGAGAGAGAUGCCCCCUCCUGAUGCCCUAGCCUUCGACGAAGUAGAAAAUGCCCGAUGGAAAGAUGCGACACCAACGUCACUAGCGGCUGAAGAGCAUGCAAACAGAACGACCAGAUUUCUAACCUCUGCCCAUGGAUCUGAAAUCACAAACAUCCCUACCGUCUUCCUGCCGAGCCCACACCGAAGAACUCCACAUGUUCAGCCGUUCGCCACCACCGAUAACGUCGUUGCACCCCCAACUCCGCUCAACGUAUUCGUCUUAACGUUACUCUCCAAAGCAGAGAAGAGCAUCCAAAUCCAAACACCGAACCUAACAUCUCCACCUAUACUCUCCGCCAUUUUAAAAGCGUUAUCUCGUGGCAUUGAUAUCAGGAUCCUUACGUCAGAGAAACUCAUGGUUCUCGAGCAGCUCGUGACAGCGGGAACGACAACCAAACGAUGUAUCAGAAAGCUUGUAAAACGCUACAACAAUUUAUCACGAACCACCUCAAGUUGUCUUGCAAGCGACGAAGAAGCCGCCAUUGGUUUACCUCCUUUAGGACGUCUUCACAUCUCAUACUUCACGCCUUUAGGCGGACCGAAGAAGAGGGGUCAGGAAAAUGGCGAGCCUCAACAAAGCCAUCUCAAAAUGAUGAUUGUGGAUGAUGAAGUGCUCGUCCUGGGGUCUGGGAAUUUGGAUCGCGCGAGUUGGUUUACGAGUCAAGAAUUAGGUGUUGCUUUUUUUGACCAAGCGUUGGUGGAGAGAGUAAGGAGGAUUGUGCACGAUGCGAUGAUUGGGAGAGUAAGAGUGGUUUUUGACAGCUAG